UGACUGCAUUACAUCUAAAUAAGGUCCACGACUCACUGUUGUUUUAAAGAAGGAAAGAAAAGCAACAAUUUUAAAAUUCAGCAUGGAUUUUGAAUUAUUACGAUCGUUUAUCUUCAUCGGAUUAAUAAUUAAUGAAUGCAUUUUAGCGUCUAAGGUUUAUGAGUGGCAGAAUAAUUGGGGUUCAGGCUUGUCGACUAAGGAGUUUGCCCAGAUUCACGAACUUGACAAAACUAUUACUCACUAUGCAACAGAUGAAAGCGCCUCGGCAAAAAGUUCCCCGGCUGUCAGCCUUUAUGAUCUUAACACGAGAGAAGAUGAUUUUAAAAAGGGAAUAGUUGCUAUUAGACCACUUGUGGCAAAAGGCAGUCAAGUCUGUUUCAUUUCACAAGUUGUAAAAUACUGGCCUGGAACCGAAAAAGCUGUAACUAACCGGCAUGGGACCAUAGUAAAUGCACCGAAAUCAAUAAAUUACUACAAAGUAAUGAAGGUAUUCCCAUCAAACCUUGACCCUCUUUCUAUACAAAGUAUAGCUGACUUCUGUAACGUAGAUUCGGACCAUAUAUUCUACAUGGAUCCCAUUGAAAAUGUGAAAGGUUACAAACAGAAGUUGAAGAUCCAUGGACUCUUUGGACGCUUGGUUGUUGGUAUUCCGGAUAAACACAUUGAUACAGUAUUUGGUAAUUGAAUGAUCAAAUGAAAAUAUACACAUUAUAUAGAUUGAUAUUUCAGACGUAAUUUUUCAUACGAAUAUUGUUUUAAACGAAUUAAUUCUAAAACGAGCUAAUGCCAAUAAAAUAUUGUUAUAUUUAAAAGGUGAAAUUGUUUCGUUCUUAUUAAUCAUCUGGAAAUUAGGUAUAUAUGAUUAUUUUUUUUUAUACUUAGAGUUAUUUAUAUAUAACACAUUCAAAUUUCAGGAUGUUCAGACUGCUAAGAGUGAAAUCUAAUGUUUAGAAUUUUUGGAAUUUCAGGAUGAAGAUUGAAAACGAAGUAGUCUUGCGAGAGUUCUUUGUGCAUAAUCAAACUUAACUACUAAUUUUUAUUUCAUUUCUUUCCUAGGUGUUCUUCGUCAAAAUGCCUUGGAUUUUUUAAGACAAUUUCACUGUAAGUGAAGGUUGCAGAGUAAAAUGUUGCAUUAAUUCUAAUGUAUUUUAUUUUCAGCAGUUAUUUAAUGAAUCAACAUAUAAAUGUCAUACUGAAGUGAGGAUAGCCUCAUAUAAUAAUUAUUUGUGUUAUUGCAUGUUUUACAUAUGUGUUUAAGCACACCACUGAAUAGCUUUUUCACUUAUUAUUUUUUUUUUAUAAUGCGUAUGUUUGUUGAAGCUUAUUAUUACAUUUGGCACACUGUUUUCGGACGUCAAAUGCUAUGUUAGAAUAAUUCUAUUUCAAAUCACUGAUUUUUUAGGUUUGAUUGUUAAAAUUGUAUUGUUAUUGUAUAGUUUUGAUAUUGUAUACCAGAUAUAUGUUAACGUGUAUAAUUAUUCAUAUUGCACUGUUAAAAAUUUAUAUUGCAUACAUUGCUCAGCGUUACAGUUUGAUAUUACACGGUUUAAAGACUUAUAGCACGACGCUUAUUGACUAUUCAAUAUUGAUGUUAUAUUGUUUAUUGAACGGUGUUUUCUUAGAACUAAAAUUAUUUUCUAUAUAAUUAUCUAUUAUCUAUAUGUUUAAAUACCAGCGUGUCCUGCUUUUUUGUAAUUUUCUUUGAUCACCAUUUCCUUUAUUUUCUGUUACAUGUAUAUUGUAUGGUCACAUAACCGACGCCUUUUUGUUUUUGUUGAUUUAGAAAUUUGUUUGAUUUCUUUUUAAAUAUUUAAGUU